GCUUCCCGUGAUGCCUUGAGAGGCGCAACGUAGUCGGAAGCUGGUGGCUGCGGGGUGGGCGGCCGGCGAGCGUCCCCGCAGCAGCUAGCGGCGCGCCCGAGCCCGGCCGACCCCGGCGGACCCCGGCCGACCCCGGCGCACAGGACCGAGCCCGGACCCCGCCUGACGACCCCCGCGGGGAGGCAGAAGCAACCCGUUCCUUUUCGGUUCGCGUGGAUGGAGGUGAAGCGGAUGCGUCCUGUCUGCCCCGGUGAUCGGCCUCGUCGCCAGUGUUGAGGAGUAAUCGUGCCCGUGAAGUGCGGGCCUAGCACUCGUGCCACGCUCUGGUUACCGCUGUGCAGCAGGGUGACGACGGCCCAGGGGCACCAUGGCCAGCCCACGGACCAGGAAAGUUCUUAAAGAAGUCAGAGCCCAGGAUGAAAACAACGUGUGUUUUGAGUGUGGAGCAUUCAACCCCCAGUGGGUGAGCGUGACCUAUGGCAUCUGGAUCUGCCUGGAGUGCUCGGGGAAGCACCGCGGGCUUGGGGUGCACCUCAGCUUUGUGCGCUCUGUUACCAUGGACAAAUGGAAGGACGCGGAGCUCGAGAAGAUGAGAGCCGGGGGGAACGCGAAGUUCCGAGAGUUCCUGGAGUCUCAGGAGGACUAUGACCCGUGCUGGUCCCUGCAGGAGAAGUACAACAGCAAGGCCGCAGCCCUCUUCAGGGACAAGGUGGCCGCCCUAGCUGAAGGCAGAGAAUGGUCUCUGGAGUCCUCGCCUGCCCAGAACUGGACCCCACCCCAGCCCAAGGCGCUGGCGACCACUGCCCACCGGGCCUCUGGCCACCCACAGAGCUCCACCGGCUCCUCAGACAAGGCGUUUGAAGACUGGCUGAAUGGCGAUCUCGGCUCCUACCAGGGGGCCCAGGAGAACCGCUACGUCGGGUUUGGGAACACAGUGCCCCCCCCCAGGAGAGAAGACGACUUCCUCAGCAGUGCCGUGUCGUCCCUGUGCUCGGGCUGGAGCAGUUUCACCACCGGAGCGAGCAAGUUUGCCUCGGCUGCCAAGGAGGGUGCAACGAAAUUCGGAUCUCAAGCAAGUCAGAAGGCUUCGGAGCUGGGCCACAGUCUGAACGAGAACGUCCUCAAACCCGCCCAGGAGAAGGUGAAGGAGGGAAAGAUUUUUGAGGAUGUGUCCAGUGGGGUCUCUCAGUUGGCGUCCAAGGUCCAGGGGGCCGGCAGUAGGGGCUGGCGGGACGUCACCACCUUUUUCUCUGGGAGAGCGGAGGACCCCUCGGACAGACCCCCGGAGGGCCAGAGCUACCAGAGCGGCGGUGGGGACAACCCCCAGAACACCGUCGACCAGAGCUUCUGGGAGACCUUCGGGAGCGCCGACCCCGCCAGGGGCCAAAGGUCCCCAAGCAGCGACAGCUGGACGUGCGCGGACGCCUCGGCCGAGAAGCGGAGCUCGGACAGCUGGGACGUGUGGGGCUCGGGCUCCGCGUCCAACAACAGGAACAGCGACAACAGCGACCUCGGGGAGGCCUGGGGGGGCGGCGGGGAGGGCAGAGCCAAGGCCCCCAAGAAGGCGGUGCCGCCGGCGGCUCUGGUGGACGAGGGCUGGGACAACCAGGACUGGUAGGCCCCGCCGCGCACCGGCCCCCAGCAGCUGGGACGGCCACCGCGUCUGCACUUGGUCCCCACGUCUCCUCCCGUCUGACCCAAGAAACCAGCUGUGGCGCGAAGGCAGCACCUCGGGCGGGAGCCUGCGGGCGGGGCGCCCGCUCACGUGGGCACUGGCCCUCCUGUGGUGGCCUGGCGACGAGGAGGGCGGGGUCCCGCCCCCGCGGGAGGCAGGCUGCGCCAUCGUUCCCGUAACGCCCUCGCUAAUAAACCCUCCCGAGUGGCCGCACCGCGGCCCGUGCAGCGUCA